CGCAGCACAUCUACACUCGAGAUCCUUUCAACACCACACUCUGUUCGUGAGUGAGAUGUAGUGUGAAUUGUGGGCCAGAAGCAAGUUGGCAGAGUAGAUCCAAAACUAACGAAAAGCCAUACGAUAAUCAUGAGUAUUCCGAACCAGUGCAACAGUAUCCCAGGCGGGUCCCGUCGUGGUCCUUGCGUUAUUUUCGGAAACGGCCUCGGUUGCGACGUCGCGGAUGCGGUGCCGUUUUUGGAACAGCUGCGGGCGAGAUUUCCCCACGUGGACGUCCUUACGCCCGCGGCGCCCGUUGUCCCCUGUAGAAUGUGCGACUUCGAGGAGACCGCUUGCUGGUUUGAUCUGCCGAGCAUGGAAGAGUGGGAAAGCCUCUCGACGCGGGAGCAGCUGGAGUUGCCUGCGCGCGAUAUCGGCGACAACUGCGAUCGGUACUACCUAAGGACUACGCACGGGGGCAGGUGCAGCCAAGAGCCGCCGGCGGGCGGCGAGAGGCUGCGCGCUGGCCACGGGGCCCGCGAGGAUCAGUGUGCCACCUCGUCAAGCGGCUGCGGGGGUCAGAGCGGCAGAGACUCGGUUAUUAGCGGGGACCGCAACCUCCAGCUGCACGUCGGAAAGGAGCAAGACCCUGCCACCUGCAAGAAGAUCGGACGGGAUGAAGCUAUACUGGAUGGAACAGACGCGAAACUCGUGCGCCAAAUUCUGCAUGAUGUUGACGACAGCUCUUGGGGUGUUAUGGAAGUGCACCCGCCUGUUGUUGGGAAACACGAAACAGACAGAGAUGUUGGAGAGCGGGUCGCGCCCUCUCUUGCAUCACAGAAGAAAGAGAGCCCGUCCCCAUCAAGUCCGCCGCGGCCGGUGUCACUCCUGUCACCCCCCUCGCCAGCAUUGCAUCUCCCCGCACCCCCGCCGGGUGAUUGGGGUAGCGCCGUAUUUGCCGGCUUUUCGCAGGGUGCAAGCAUGGCCCUUUUCGCGGGUUUGCGCGGACUGAUUCGGGACGUGAAGCGGCGGCAGGAGGAGAGCGGACGCGGAGAGGACGCGCCCCCCAGUGAAAUAGUAGGCGAUGGCAAUGGCGGCGCCGCGGAAGUCAGCAAGCACCGGGCGAAGCGGGUAAAGAAGAGCCACCCGGCAGGAACAAGCAAGGAAACAUCGCCUGCGCCUUCUAGUGCUGCACGGGGCUCGGAUUCUGCGGGGCUGUCACGCGGGAAGUCUUCGACGAGUCCGCUUCGCCAGCGACGAGAAGCGCCCGCCGGCAUUCUGGCGCUGUCCACGUAUGUGCCGGCCGCGCGCGCGCUGCAGGCCGCCGCAGAGGCGGCGGGGGUGAAAAAGCAGAAAGGCAGCCCGCCGCCAAAUGGCCCGCUGCCGAUUCUUCUGUGCCACGGCACGGCAGACGGAGUUCUCGAUCCGAAGCUGGCCGAGGAGACCAGGGCCUGGCUGCUGGAGGUGUUCGGCGCGCGGCAUGUACGUGUGGAGCUCCACAUCAUUGAGGGCGGCGGCCACGCCUUUGGCUACAACGAGGGGGAGAUAGUUGGUUCCUGGCUGCAGAAAGUUUUUCCCUUUUCGCCUCCUGGGACUCUGGUGGAAGACGAGCGAGGCGCGCGCGUGACCAAGUAGAACGUUGUUGCUGCUGUGUUCCGGUAGUAGAACUUACGACAGUACCUACCGAUGCUUCGCCGACAGCCGUGGCCAAGCAAAAGCGUUCGCACGCGUCGGUCUAGUAUGAAAGCCCCUGUUCCACCACACACCUCGAUCGCAACUACACCAGACAAUCACACGACGUGACGAACAAGAUCCCCAUCGACAUUACUCCUGAAUUACAAUGAAAAUAAGCAAAGCCUGUCCCAGAAUGUGGACGGAGAACAGCGCCCACUCGG